CUGCUUCUUUGCAAUUUCCGCUCCGUGCUCCUCAAGUAUAAAUCAAUUUGUGGCACACGGACUGGAACAACUUUUUCUUUCUUUUUUUUUUUUUUUAAUAGAAGAGAACAAGCGCCAGUUUUAUGGCAAAAGGGGGACUUUCACAGGACACUCCCCUAAAACCUUGGACGUGGAUGUCUGCGUCUCUGAUUGGUUGUGAAGCCCCGACCGACAACACCUGCUUAACUCCUUCAUCCAAAUUGACACCCGGGGCUCUGAGAAAUAUAGGCAGCAUCCCUUCCAGCUCAUGCAUUCAGUCCCACAGCUGCCCCAAAAGACACCACCAAGACGCAGCUGCGCUGAUCACUGAUCCAAGGUGAACCCUCGCACACGCUCACACACGCUGCCGGAUCUUUGCUGGGAAUCGAAGCGCACUGCCGGAGACGCAAUGCUGGUCAAACUGGCCGUGGCUCUGCUGGUUUUGUCAGUGCUGGAGCAAGUAGUGGGAUCGGAUAAUACUGAAAUUCAUGACAGCCCCCCGGAGAAGCCGGCGAGCCAGAAAGGACGUCUGUCCCUGCAGAACACAGCUGAGAUCCAGCACUGCCUGGUGAGUGCAGGGGAUGUCGGCUGUGGCGUGUUUGAGUGCUUUGAGAAUAACUCCUGCGAGAUACGAGGGCUACAGGAAAUCUGCAUGACGUUCCUGCACAACGCUGGCAAAUUUGACUCUCAGGGGAAGUCCUUCAUCAAGGAUGCUCUGAAAUGUAUGGCACACGGACUACGGCACAAGUUCAGCUGUAUCAGCAGGAAGUGUACAUCCAUUAAGGAGAUGGUGUUCCAGCUCCAGAGAGAGUGCUAUAUCAAACACAACCUGUGCUCUGCUGCAAAGGAGAAUGUGGCCGUCAUGGUGGAGAUGAUCCAUUUCCAAGAUCUCUUCCCUAAGGGCCCAUAUGUGGAGCUGGUGAAUAUUCUCCUGAGCUGCGGAGAGGAGGUGAAGGAGGCACUGACACGGAGCGUCCGGCUACAGUGCGAGCAGAACUGGGGGGCUCUGUGCGACAGCCUGAGCCUCUGCUCCUCCCUAGCCCCAUCUCCUGCCGGCUCCGCUGUCGAACACCACCGUCGCCCUUUGCCCUCCCACCCUGAGCCGGAGCAACCUCGCCCCCCGCGGCAAGGCGAGAAGGACAAAGCUGGUAAGGCAGGCUUCAACGCUCACCCACGCAAUCGCAGUCAGGGACCUCGCCGCCAGAGUCCAGAAGCCGGAGUGGUGGCUGAGCAGGAAGACCCCGAGGCCACCGACAUCCGGAGGUGAAAGUGUAGGAGACUGCCCCGACUUUGACCCCUUACACCGUUUAAAAACCACACUUGCAGACUUAUGCACACCUCCACACACUCAAACACACAAACACUUCACACACACACACACACUCCUUCACACUUAUAUACACUUACACACACACACAGACACACACACACAAAUUUCCCAGACAGACUGAGCAGAAGGAAACAAGCCCCGACCUUUCCUAUCCUUAUUCCGCCCUCUCCAGUCAUUCCAGCAGCCCCACAUGGUAAACUUGCAGGGUAAUUGUGGUGUAGCUUGUAAUGUUAUGCCAGAUUGUAGGCCACAAUUUUUUUUUUUAAUUGAAUAAUAAUUGUUAUUAUCAUGAUUAUUUCAACUGUUAGGACUAUUUUGGCUCUAAUAUAGCAUUUCUCAAAUCAUACUUACUGUAAGAUUUGAUUAUAUUUGUAUUAUUUAUUUUAUUCUUUAUGCAAUGUUGAAAUAUCAAAAUGUACAUAGAAAUAUACUUAUCUAUAUUUAUAUCGACAUGUAUAAAUAUAGUUACAAUAUGCAAUACUGAUAUACUAUAGAUUACAUAGUAUAUGGUGUGCUGUCCGUUGUUCUUUUCACAGUAUUGCACCCAUCACACAUUGGUCUGUAGAUAUGUAACAUACACCAUUUGUUGUUUCAAAGUGGGAAUGUGUAUUAUAAUUAUAGAUACUUGAUGAUUAAAUACAAAUUGUACAGGUUUCAAGUCCAGUUCUGGCACAUAUGAAUUGUAGUGCAUGAUGGCCACGAAGCCAACAAACUUGUGCAUUCUUAAAGUGUAAAUCCACUCUAAAGAGGAUGCAAAUGUAAUACUAUGAAUAUGGACAGUUAUUUCACCCUUUGUAUGUAUCGAUCAUAAAGCUAGAAAUAAGAGAGCCAAGACUGAUUUCUGAUGUCAUCAAGCAUGGCUGUCUGGGCAGCGACGAAUGGGAGACUAGCAUAGCAGACGCCGUCUUAUGAACUCUUUGUUUCAUACGUAUUAGUGCUACUCUGACAUGUGUCUCAUUUGGAUGCAAAAAUUGUCACGUUCAUUGUUAAUAGAUCCUUCAGAAAGUGUGUCUCAGUGACAUUACAGAUUAACGCCGCGUAUAGCUUCAGGAGACGUCGUCGCUCUUGUUCACAAAUAAUAACUGAACUUUCAAAUGUUCUCUUUGAGUUGGUUUUUCCGAUUAACUGUCCGCUAUCAUUGAACUGCAGGAAAGAGAGGAUGUCCAUUCACGUUUUGAUGCUAUGUCCUUUGAAAUGUAAAAAAAAAACAAAAAACUUACACACACACACACACACACAUCAAGGUGCCUAAACUUGUUAUUGUCCACAGUGACCGCUUCUCUGUGAUUUAAGUGAAUGGAUGAUACUGUGUCAUGAGGAGAUUUAAUGUCGAGCUGUUUUACAAUGAUGUUGAGCCACAGAAGUCUUAGACAUUGCACUUUGGAUGAUUGUCAGAUUGUGUUGGACUGCUGCAGGUUGAGAAAUGAGACCAGGUUACCAGAUCUGUCCUCUAAUCAGAGGAGAUUUCGUCUGAGAAAGCCUGGUUUUGCUUAUCAACUACAGCACCAAGCCCUGUAUCCCCACAUGCUCCUUUGGACCAGAUCUUUAGAAGAGCGAUGCUUCCUUUUUCCAGUGUCCCAAUGGCCAGGAAAGAGGCUUGACAGAAACCCUCCAGAUCUCUGGCCCCUCUAAAUUAGCCCUUAUUCCUCUCUGGUCCCUUACCUAGGUCAGGAGAGACAUGAAGGCCUGUUAUUCUACCCGUUAGAGCCGCAGGCAACGCAGCAAGGACCCAGGAACUGGGUUAAGUCCACACACGGGGGCUCUGGCGCUGUUAUUCUAAAUGUUAUAUUUACCGAGGCCACCAGAGAAUUCCUCUGGGCCACAGCCAAGAGCCAGCAACACAGCGAGGCUGAGAGGAGUGGAGCAAGAAGGAGAGAGACAUACUCAACUUUUUUUUUCUCUUUUUUUUAAUGUGAUGAGUGACUCCGUCUUUGCUUCUCCUAGAACUCUUCUUCUCUUCCUCCUUUAUGUCACACACACACACACACAGGCUUUUUGACCAUUUCAGGCCAGUCACAUGCUUGAGCUGUGGAAGUGCAGUUUGUGAGCACAUUACACCACAUGCUGGGGAGCGCUUGGUGCAAAAAGAAAAUAAAACAUGCUCAGAUUUUGUGGCUAAGUUUAGGGUUUUCACUUUGUUUUUUCCUGAUGUACUUACUCCCAACCAUAUAGAGACUAUUAUAAGUUCCAAGGGUUUUAAUCAUCAGUGAGGCUUUUUAUUCUUUUUAUUCUGUUGUGGAAGUUGGGAUUCCUGUGACAUCCCAGCACGAGACAUAAGCUAAUCCUAUUGAGAAUGUACUGUAUGUGUGUAAAGUGACAAUCUGUUCAGCUCUCUGUCAUUAGGUUUGAUAUGGCUUUUUUGUAAUAAUGUAGUGGCUUGAAUGGCUUUUCUCUACGUGUUCAGAGGAAAAUAGAACUAACCACAUUUCCUGUAUUGUCAGUGCUCUAUCACCUCUAAGCACAAGGACUCUGCUUUCACUGUUGAAAAUACAGAACAUGGUCUAGAAGUUUGUAACUCACCUGUAAUACAUUGGGCAUAUGAUCCUAUAAAUAUCCUUGGACUCAUAAAACAGAUGUAUCUUGUUAUCAUUAAAAUAUUUUUGUCUGUA